AUGGCCAGCAAUGUUACCAACAAGACAGAUCCUCGCUCCAUGAACUCCCGUGUAUUCAUUGGGAAUCUCAAUACUCUUGUGGUGAAGAAAUCUGAUGUGGAGGCCAUCUUCUCAAAGUAUGGCAAAAUUGUGGGUUGCUCUGUUCAUAAGGGCUUUGCCUUCGUUCAAUAUGUUAAUGAGAGAAAUGCCCGGGCUGCGGUGGCAGGAGAAGAUGGCAGAAUGAUCGCUGGCCAGGUUUUAGAUAUUAAUCUGGCUGCAGAGCCAAAAGUGAACCGAGGAAAAGCAGGUGUGAAACGAUCUGCAGCGGAGAUGUACGGCUCCUCUUUUGACUUGGACUAUGACUUUCAACGGGAUUAUUACGACAGGAUGUACAGUUACCCAGCACGUGUUCCUCCUCCUCCUCCUAUUGCUCGGGCUGUAGUGCCCUCAAAACGCCAACGUGUAUCAGGAAAUACAUCACGAAGGGGCAAAAGUGGCUUCAAUUCUAAGAGUGGACAGCGAGGAUCUUCUUCCAAGUCUGCAAAGUUGAAAGGAGAUGACCUUCAGGCCAUUAAGAAGGAAUUGACCCAGAUAAAACAGAAAGUGGAUUAUCUACUGGAAAGCCUGGAAAAAAUUGAAAAGGAACAGAGCAAACAAGCAGACUUGUCCUUCUCGUCCCCAGUAGAGAUGAAGAAUGAUAAGACAGAAGAGGAGCAGACCACCAGCUCCCUGAAGAAAGAUGAGACUAAUGUGAAGAUGGAGUCCGAGGGGGGUGCAGAGGACUCUGCUGAGGAGGGGGACCUACUGGAUGAUGAUGAUAAUGAAGAUCGGGGGGAUGACCAGCUGGAGUUGAUCAAGGAUGAUGAAAAAGAGGCUGAGGAAGGAGAGGAUGACAGAGACAGCGCCAAUGGCGAGGAUGACUCUUAA